AUGUGCAGCGAACCACACGGUGAUGGAGGAGGUGAUGGAGGAGGUGAUGGAGGAGGUGAUGGAGGAGGUGAUGGAGGAGGUGAUGGAGGAGGUAAAGGAGGAGGUGAUGAGGAGGUGAUGGAGGAGGUGAUGGAGGAGGUGAUGAAGGAGGUGAUGGAGGAGGUGAUAGAGGAGGUGAUGGAGGAGGUGAUGAAGGAGGUGAUGGAGGAGGUGAUAGAGGAGGUGAUGGAGGAGGUGCUGGAGGAGGUGAUGAGGAGGUGCUGGAGGAGGUGA